UGGUGUCUGAAGGAUUGUGUGUGAUGAAGAACAUGCUGCUGUGAUGCUGCAGGAAGAUGCUGAACAGACCUACACAUGACGGUUGACAUGACUUCUGCUGACACACCAUCAAUCAACAUCACACACGCACACGCACACACACUCAAAUCAGAGAACAUUCACAUUUUGUCUAAAUCACAUUUAUUGGUUUAUUCUCUUUCCAUUUUUAGAUUUCUAUGUGUGUUAUUUCUUGUGCAGUGUUAUUUUAAUAAAUACUGUGGUACAUAAUUAUCAUUGUAUUUACUCCAAAAAUAACACAUUGCGCGUGUCUAAAAUCAUGGUAUUUUCAUGGUGCGUGCUCAAAGAGUGACUAAUGAAGUCUCUGCCAAAAAGUGUAAAUGCUAAAUGUGUGUUUGUUGUGUAAAUGGAGGUAAAGCAGAAAGUCAAUCAGAUGUCAUCUUCUGAACAUCAAAGGCUCUUAACAACUAAUUUACAUACGCGUGUGAUAACCCCUCCCCCUUCCAGACUGGUCUGUAUCUCCACCAAUCAACUCACAGGUGUCAAUCAUCAGUGGUUUGAUCAGGAGGUUUUAUAGAAAGCUCAGGACAGACGCCUGUCUUCUGUCUGCUUCCGUCAAAGAUGUUCUUCAGUGUUUUAACAGCGGCACUUCUCUGUGUUCUGACUGUGAAAACACGAGUGGAGAAUGUUCACGCUCAAGAGAAGUUGUUCUUAAGCUCGAUGGGCCUCUCGAGUCCACCCAAACCAUCAGCUCACAGUCCCGUUCCCUCUCUGCUGUGGAAGAUGUUCGAGAGCUCUGACCGGAGGGAUUCAUGUGUGGUGUCCGAGUACGGCGUGCGAGGGAAUAUUGUGAGAUUCAUUCAGGAUCAAGGUCGUCUGAUCUCUGCACCCACCGGCCGCUGUUUUUACUGCGUCAGAAAGCAUCUGUUUUUCAACAUGUCAGCGCUGGAGGAUGUUGAGCAACUCUCUUUUGCACAGCUGGAAAUAAAGUUCAAACAGGAUCUCUCUCACCUGGGCCGGCACGUGUUCGGUAUGGCCCUGUACAGAGUUCUGAAGACCACACUAAAGGGAGUGACUCACGAGUCCAGCCGUAAAUUACUGCAGUCUCAAACGCUCGGAUACGACGCGCUCGGCUCCGUGCGUUUCAAUCUGACAGAGCUGGCUGAAUCCUGGAGACAACCGGCUAAGAAUUAUGGGAUGCAACUGGAGCUGCAGGCGUCACACAACCUGCUGGAUGACGACGCGUUCGACGCAAAGGGCGUGCGCGCGGGUGUCCCUAUCCCAGAGUUCUCAGCAUCUCUGGUGGCAGUUUCGUUGAACCCACACCAGUGCAGGUCCAGAAGAAAAAGAAGUGCCUCGUAUUACCCGCCGGUGACCCCCAGUAAUGUGUGCAAACCCCGGAGACUUUACAUCGACUUCAAAGACGUGGGUUGGCAGGACUGGAUCAUUGCGCCGCAGGGUUAUUUGGCUAAUUACUGCCAUGGAGAAUGUCCCUUUCCUCUGAGCGAGAGUCUGAACGGGACUAACCAUGCCAUUCUGCAGACUCUGGUGCACUCGUUCGAUCCCAAAGGAACCCCUCAGCCCUGCUGCGUUCCCAUCAAACUGUCACCCAUCUCCAUGCUGUAUUAUGACAACAAUGAUAAUGUGGUUCUCAGACAUUAUGAAGACAUGAUUGUAGAUGAGUGUGGAUGCAGAUGAUGAUGAUGAUGAUGAUGAUGAUUUUACACGCUUUUAAUGUCCUAUGAUUCAUUGGAGUUAAUUAUGGUUUAUAAAGAUAAUGUCAUGGUAGUGGGUGAAUGCACAAACUCCGUUUUAAAAUGUUAUUUUUCAAUACAUUUAUGCAACAAUCAAGUUUCUAUUUCAAAUGUGAAAAAAUGGU